AGUGAGGAAGGAGAAUGUUUCUCUCUGCCUACAGUGAGUGUUCUUAUUCCACUAACCUCCUUAACAGGACUCUUCUACUCUGCCUCUGUGGAGGAAAACUUCCCACAGGGCUGGACUAGCACAGCCAGCCUUUGCUUUUACAGUCUGCUCUUGCCCAUCACCAUACGAGUGUAUGUGUUCUUCCACCUUUGGACUUGGAUGGGUAUUAAGCUCUUCAGGCAUAAUUAAGGCAACCAUAGCCAAGAUGGCUUAUGUAUUAAGUCUCAAGCAUCUGUCUCUGAAAGCUCAAUUCAAUGGACACACUGGAGACCCACUGGAGACCCAUUUAGUUUGGAGGAAAGUUGCUUUGCCUUGCUUAAUUCAGGUUUAGGACUAAGAGGCUUAAGCUGCAGAAACUUUGGUUGUACUUCUGUUCUGCCCUUUUUGAAGAUUCUGACUGCUGUAUCAGAGAAACAUUUCAAUAAAAUGUCUUGAUGGAGAUUAACUCCCCUAAUCAUGAAAAACAAAAAGAAGAAGAAGAGCAGGGCUCAGAUGAGGGCUCAGAUGAUGCUCCGCUGGGAUUAAGGCAAGGAGAACCUCCAGUUCUGUCAGACCUUCCCAAGAAACCAGGGACACAAAAUCCAGGAAAUGAGAACUUGUGGCAUCCGGUACCAACUGGGACCCCUUCAUUCCCCAUCUCUCUGCCCUUGAGUUUCCUGCACCCAGUUUCUAAACUGUUCUCCUUGUACCCGUAGCCAUCUCAUUGGCUUCCCACCACCUCCCUGCAAGCUCAUUCUCCUCUCAUACACACCAGGACUCUAUCUGCCAUGGUAGCUCCUCUGUUUAUCUCAAGUUCCCAGGGUCACCACUAGCCAAACAACAAAGCCAGGCCAGGGAGAACUCGGCUCCAGACUCAAACUGGUCCCUCGGGGACAGGUCUCCAAACCAAGGAGGCAGCUCAAAGGUAGGCUGUCCCAUGAAUUGGGCUCUUGCUUCAGGCCCUGACAACCCAAGUUUCAAGAGCAGAGAGAAAGGACACAAGAUCUGCCCAUAGCUUGGCAAGAGUCCCUACUAUUGAGACAGCUUUGCCCAGGAGCCUUGGGAAUCAAAGGCCCAGCUGCAAAAAGGUGGGGAAGAUUUUUGAGGCCCCCAGGAUGGGAGCCAGAGGCUUGGGCUUCUGGUCCUCCCUGUGACUCUCAUCAGCCAGGUAGAGCCUGGCCCUGAGCCCUCAGGCUGAGGACUGAGGUCCCUAAAUUUCCCCACCAGAGGGCUGUGUUUCUCUCCCAGAAGUUAGUGACCCAUACCUCUCCCAAGAUUCUACCAACAAAAGGAAGUGAACAUUUACUCUGGGCCAAGCCCCAAGCCAGAAACAUUGUCAGCAGGUGCCUAGCACCUGUCUGUCUGAGGCCAGUGGGAGUGUAUUUAUCUAAUGUGUAAUUAUGUACUUAUGGCAUCCAAAAUGUAAAAGAAAGGAACGCCAGUUCUGACUCUGGAGCUGUGGAAGGUGAUGAGUGAGCAGUGAGGGUGUGGAGCUGGAGGGCAGCCAGGUCACAGACAAGGUCCUGUGAGAAGGAUGUCAGGGCAAAGUGCAGAUGCCUCCAUACGGAAAAGAUCGCUGGCAGCCCAUAUUUUGCAGUGGAGAAGUAAAGGGCCCUUUAAAUGGUACCCAGUUAAUUCUGCGAGUAUGGAGGGCAGGGGUUUCAGGACAGAUGCUGGUGAAUGAAGUAGGGAUGAUUUUAAAGGAAACAAAACCCCCAAUAUCCCUCUCAUUUCAAGAUCUGUUUUAGAGACAACAAGCUAAGGAAUGUAAAACUCUAAUUCUGUUGCCAGGCCCCAGCAGAGAAGAAAAAAAAUUUUUAGGACCAAUAGGCUUUUGG